CGAGACUUUAGUCCAAGUAUUCUGCUAAUAAGUAGCGAAGAUGCUAAUUGGUAUCUGUGGUGGCAUCUGCUCUGGCAAGUCUUCUAUAGCGUCAUUUCUGGCCAAACAUCAUGGUUUCAAGAGACUACAUCUAGAUCGCACAUCAUCCACGCCAGCAGUUGAGAAGUCUGCUUCUAACACAACAGUACCUCAGAACGUAGAGGACGAAGCUGAAGACGUUUUGAGCUUUCAAACUGCAGAUGCGCUGCUUGACUAUGUCACGGCGCGAUGGAGAGAGCACUGGGUUACAACGGAUGUGUGGGAUGAGAGUGUGCUUGACGUGCUGCUAAGGCGACCAUUUUUCCUUCUUGUGAGUGUAGACGCACCCGUUACGGUCCGGUGGGAGAGGUUCAAGUUACGAUGCUUAGCCAACAACCUCACACCUCCCUCCCUGGCUGAAUUUGUACGACGGAACGACGAACAUCUAUAUGGCCCGACACAGCCCCUUGCUCCUUUGCUCCAUCGCGCACAUCUACGCCUCCUCAACUCUACGCCUUCUCUCCCUGCCUUCUUCAAUGCUCUCCAAGCCAUUGAUCUCCCUAAUGAAGACCGUAUCCGCCCAGUUUGGGAUCAGUAUUUCAUGCAACUUGCCUCUCUCGCCGCCCAGAGAAGCAAUUGCAUGAAACGCUCUGUGGGCUGCGUGCUGGUGCGAGGCAAGCGUGUCAUUAGUACAGGUUACAAUGGCACCCCACGUGGUAUGCGAAAUUGUAAUGAGGGAGGUUGCGCAAGGUGCAACGCCGCUAGUGCAAGAUCAGGUGUCGGACUAGACACGUGUUUAUGUCUGCAUGCGGAAGAGAAUGCAUUAUUAGAAGCAGGGAGAGAUAGGGUGGGCGAGGGUGCAACCCUAUAUUGCAAUACCUGUCCUUGUUUGACGUGUAGUGUGAAGAUCGCACAGAUUGGCAUUAGCGAGGUCGUUUACAGCAACGCGUAUAGUCUUGACACUGCAGCAAAGGCGAUUUUUAACGAAGCAGGUCUCAAGCUGAGACAGUUUUCUCCGGUACGUCCUGUGUGCUUCGUGUUGCUAAUCCACAGUGACUGAAGAAGAAUAGCCAAAAGAGGGUUUGAUUGAUCUCAACGCGCAACUUCAAUCACAUAUUCAUGACUUAAACUCCGAGGAGUCCUAAUAUUUGUAACGAUGCACCCUCGCACCUUCUAAAACGAACUUACACCAUUGAAAUAGAACGUAUUCCACACACGCACCUGAGGCAAUACUUAUUCAAUACCCAAAACCGGUGUCCGAGAAAUUGGAGCCAUCGUUUAAUCUGUUGAAGAAAUGCUUAAACUAACGAAUGGGUGGAAAAAGACGGCGUAACCAUGAGCCAGUAUUCGUCAGACGCCGUCGAAUAGAUACGAUAUCUCAACUUUGCUGUUUUUUUUUUCAACUAAUUCCAACCCUUCAUAUCAUAGGAC